GGGGCCACCGUGAUGGAAACCCUCACGUCUCUGCCUGGCGCGCGGCCGGGCUUAGCGGCUCGCGGAGCUUAGUGAUAUCGCGGGGUGGCCCGGCACUGGACUUCGACCCGUUAGAAGACAAGUCGAGGCCCCGUUCUUUGCAUCAGAGGCAGGCGGCAUGGACAGUCCCCUUCCGCCCCGGGAGUCUGCCAGGUUCGUGGCCGAGCGCAGCCGAGACGUGGCCGUGGACGGCGAGGGCGUGCGCAGGGUGGCAGAGCUGCUGCUGGCGGCGUCCACGGGGCCGGCUUUGCGCGUGGACGGCUGGCGAGCGCUGCACGAGCUGAACCCCCGCGCGGCCGACGAGGCGGCGCUCGGCUGGGUGUUCGUGGUGGACACACUCAACUUCUCCUUCUGGGCUGAGCAGGAGGAGCGCAAGUGCCUGGUGACCUACAAGGGCAAAGCCUACAGCGGGUACUGGUCCCUAUGCGCCGCGGUGAACCGCGCCCUGGACGAAGGGAUACCGAUAACCAGUGCCUCCUAUUAUGCUACCGUGACCCUGGACCAGGUUCGUCAUAUAUUUCGUUCUGACACUGAUGUCCCCAUGCCUUUAAUGGAAGAUAGACAUCGUGUUCUCAAUGAGGCGGGAAGAAUUCUGUUGGAGAAGUUUGGAGGCUCUUUCCUUACCUGCGUCCGAAAAAGUGAAAGAAGCGCGCAAAAGUUACUGCACCUGAUUGUUGAAAAUUUUCCUUCUUACAGAGAUGUGACUCAGUUUGAGGGGAAAAGAGUUGCUUUUUACAAACGAGCCCAGAUCCUUGUAGCAGAUACCUGGAGUGUGCUAGGGGGCAGAGGAGACGGCUGCUUUCCAGACAUCGCCAGCAUCACGAUGUUCGCCGACUAUCGACUGCCACAGGUCCUCGCCCACCUCGGAGCCCUCAAGUACUCUGAGGAGCUGCUGGAGAAGCUUCACAAAGGAGAAAUGCUCUUGUAUGGGGAUAAGCAAGAGGUUGAAAUCAGAGGGUGCUCACUUUGGUGUGUCGAGCUGAUCCGGGAUUGUCUUCUGGAGCUUAUUGAAAAAAAGAGUGAAAAGCCUACUGCUGAGAUCAACUCCAUCCUCCUGGAUUACUACCUAUGGGACUAUGCCAGGGACCACAGGGAAGACAUGAAAGGGAUUCCGUUUCAUCGCACACGCUGCAUAUACUACUGACCCAGCCAUGACGCAACCCAGACUGCUGCUUUGGGAGCAAACUGAUGAGAUCACAGAACCACGUGUCCACUUGGCUUUGGUGUUAAGAGGGUAGAAAUUAUAAAUUGAUUACACAGUUCACUUUAAAAUUGUUUUCCUGAGCCAUGCGCAGUGGUGUACCCAGCUACUUGAGAGAUUGAGGCAGAAGGAUGACUGGUCUUGAAACAAUAUUUUUUGACAUAGUAACUUCUUUUUUUAAAUCUGAUCUUAUUGGAACUUUUCAAAUGUACAUAGUGAUUACAUUCAGUGUGGAGAAUUUGUACCUGUAUAUGAUGCAACUUUUCUCAUUGCCUUCUCCCUUCAACCCUUCCCACUUACAAAAGCUUUGUUUCCAUAUUCUCCUUUUUUAAUGAGCGUGGUUGGUACAAGGGAUUGAUCGAAUUCACAGACCUUGCACUUAGGCCACUGAGCUAAAUCUGGAGCCCUUUUCUUUUUGGCCUUUUUAAGGGAGGGUCUCACUAUGUAGUUUAGGUUGGCCUGGGGCUCACUUUGUAGCCCAGGCUAGUCUUAAACUUGCAAACAAUUCUGCUGCCUCAGACUCUCAAAUGCUGGAAUUACAGGAAUGCACCACCACACCUGGCUCUUUCCUUAUUUUUUACUUUUUAUUCCUUUCCCCCUCACUCCCUCCCUGUUCCCCUUCCCAUUUUCCUCCUAUUUCACAAUAUCUGUUAAACACUUUGCCCCUUAUUUACACUUUCGGUUUCUCACACCAGAAAGACAAUGUGUUAUUUACACAUGUGUGUCUAAUUUAUUUCAUGUAAGUGUAGUCUCAAGAGGCAUUCAUUUACCCAGAAAUGUCUCAGGCGUGUCCUUCUUUAUGGCAGAGUAGUAUUUCUUUCUUUCUUUUUUUUUUUUUUUUUUUUUUUUUUGUCUUUUUCCUUUUUAUUGGUACCAGGGAUCGAACAGAGUAGUAUUUCACUGUGUAAAAAAACUCAUAUCUUCUUUAUCCAUUUAUUACUUGAUGGGUUUUUGGGUUAUUUCCAAGAUUCAGCUAUUACAAACUAUGGUGCUAUAAGCAUGGGUGAGGUUAUUAUUGCUGUAAUGUGAUACUUUUAAUUCUUUUGAGAAGAAACCCAGAAGGGGAAUAGCUUGGUCAAAUGGGACCUCUAACCCUCAUUUUUUGAGAAAUCUCCAUGCUGAUUUUCACAGUGGUUGCUUCAGUCUACAACAGUGGAGAAGGGUUCCUUUUUCCCUAUAGCCCCACCAGCAUGUUAUUGGUUGAUUUUUUGAUCUCACUCUUGAGUGAGAUGAAAUUUCAAUAUUUUUAAAGUUUGCAUCUCUCAAAGGGCCAUAAAUAUUGAACACUUUUUCAUGUAUUUAUUUGCUGUUUGUAUUUCUUAAUCUGAGAAAUAUGUAUUCAUCUCAUGUCCAUUUUUGGAUUGGGUAUUUAAAUUUGGGAGGUCUGAUUUUGUUUUUGUUUUGUCUUUUUGAGACAGUGUGCUAUGCAGUUCAGGCUGGCCUUGAGCUCAUCUUGUAGCCCAUGUUGGUCUUGAAUUUGUAAUAAUCCUCCUGCCUCAAACUCCUAAGUGCUGGGAUUAUAGGAAUGUGCCUGGUUAGCACAGUAAUUUUCUUUUUUGGAGUACCAGGGAUCGAACUCACAACCUUGAGCCUGCCAGGCAGGCACUUGUAGCACAGUAAUUUUCUAUAAACCCUAAUCAUUUAAUAUAUAGGGGCUGGAGAGGAACUAAAAUCAAUGUAUAAACUAUUGCUUUUGUAAAAACUUUUUUUAAAAGACAGUCUCACUAUGCAAUUCAGGCUAGUCUUGAAUUCACUAUGUAGCCCAGGCUGACCUUGAACUUGAGGUGAUCCUCCUGUCUCAGCCUUCUGAGUGUUAGGAUUACAGGUGCGCACCAUCAUACCUGCCUGUAAAAAUAAAUCUUGACACUUUUUUAAAAACUACUUAUAGAUAAUGAUAGUAGAUUUUGUACAUAAUGAUUUUCAGUUAAAGAUAAUCCACCUAGUGUUUACAUUGAAAGUGAAUAAAGAUCUUCAAAUUUUUUCUUAAGCUGAGAGAUUGGUCUCACACUCACUGAGAUUUUCCUGCCUUGGCCUCCUGAGUGCUCAGAUUAUAGGCCUGUGCCAUCACCUUCCUAUACACUUUACAUUGUUUCUAGACGGCUUAUACCUAAUAUAGUGCAAUCUGUGUAAAUAGUUGUAAUAUUCCAUUAUUGAGGGAAUGAUGGUGUUCAAAAGGUUUGGAUCAGGAUAUUUUUGAUCUGUGGAUGGCUGAAUCUAUGGCUGUAGAGCCCAAAGAUAAGGCAUCCUUGACUAUCUGUGUCUGAAAGGCGCCAUUCUCCAAGCACUUUGUUGCCAUCUGCUGGAGAUUUGUCACACUGUCCUCACAGCUGAGCACAGUUUUGUGAAAGGGGCCUCCUGGCCCUUUUACAGUCACCUUGUCUAUCUCAGAUGCGACUUAAGGGAGCAUGGUCCCUGCUCAGUUCUGAGGUUCGAGGUAUGGGUGACACACUCUGAUAAUCCUGUCUCCAUCCUUCCCAUGAUGGCUUUGGUAAUGGCUAAGUAGUCUACUCCCUGCUCUUGAGAUGGGAGAGAAGCCCACUGGGAGGAUUCUGGAGAGGGAUUCUGUUUCUCUGAUGAUAUUCAAUCUUGAGUGUUAUGUGAGUGGCCCCAUCCUGCAUGUAGAAGGUGUUAGGAGUAAAGAAAGAAGCAGUUGCUUCAAGUACCUGCCAAGUUCUCUCCCUCUGGCCUGCUCUGCUGCCAAUCCCACCCCACCCUGUACAUUCUCAGUCCAGAUGCUUAUAUAGAAUGGCACCGCAUUUGCGUAUAGUCUACCAGCAUCUUCUGAUAUACUUUAAUUUUUUUUUUUUAAAUCGGUACUGAGGGUCGAACUCAUGACCAGGCGCUUGCAAGGCAGGUGCUUACAAGGCAGGCCUUAUGCCCAUGAGCUAAAUCCCCAGCCCCCUAGUAUACUUUAAAUUAGCUCUGGAUUACUUGUACCUUAGCAGUACAAAUGCUAUUAAUUGUUACAUCUAUACUGUACUACUUAGGGAAUAAUGACAAGGACAGAAGUCUGUAUAUCGUCAGUACAAAUGCAGUUAUUUAUGUAUAUAUUUAUAUAUUUUGCAGAUUUUUAUGGAAAAAUUUCAUAACAAUAGGGGAAUAACAAUAGUUAAUACAUAUUUUUAUCUUUGAAGUAAUUACUCAAAGUACAAAAUGGAAUAAAUUCUCCAAAUGAUA